AGAGGGGUAAAUUGUAAUUUAGAGAAAAUAUAUGGCUAGGUUUGUUAUUAAUAAAACUGAUUAAAAAUUAGCCUUCCUCUGUUGCCCAAAAAUUUCCGAUGGAUGCUGCUCUGUUUUCUCCUUCUUCCCUGUUUGGCGUCAGUGAUAGCGACUCCUCUGAUGAAGAGAUAACGGAGACGCAGCAAAAUUUUGUGGAGAGGAAGCACCUGUUUCCUGAAAUGGAGUUGCUCAUCCAAGAGUUCACUUUUCACCAGAUGAAUGCUAAUUUACUUUGGCCUGGGACAUUUGCAUUUGCAGAAUGGCUUGUGCAACAUACAUCCUGGUUAAGAGGGCGUCACAUAAUUGAGCUAGGCAGUGGCACUGGAGCUUUGGCAAUCUUCUUGAGAAAAUCAUUUCAUCUUGAUAUUACAACGUCGGACUAUGAUGAUCCAGAUAUUGAAGAGAACAUAGCACAUAAUUGCCGGGCAAAUGGCGUUUUGCCUGUCCUUCCUCACAUAAGACAUUCAUGGGGAGAUGUGUUUCCAGUAGCUGAUCCUGACUGGGACCUCAUAAUUGCAAGUGAUAUCUUACUAUAUGUGAAACAAUAUGAGAAUUUGGUAAAGACGCUAUGCUUUCUCUUGAAGUCUUACAAGCCAAAAGUUAACAAAACAGGUUCUGGAACUAGUGAAGAAAAGGAUAUAUGUCCAUUGCCUCGGCCAGCUUUCUUAAUGAGCUGGAGACGCAGGAUAGGGAAAGAAGACGAAUCACUCUUUUUCACAGGAUGUGAUAAGGCCGGUCUUGAAGUAAACCAUUUGGGAUCUCGUGUGUACUGCAUUACGCCCAAAGAAACCAGCACCAUUGGAUAAGUAUAAGCUAUGGUAGAGUGAAGUUUAAGAGCUGUGGAACUGAGGCUCAACUUUGUGCUGGCAACCCCCACCGUGAGGACACAGAGGUCUAGUAUCCUUUGCCGUAUCUUCAUAUGUUAUUCUUCUAUUAGAUGAGGCUCAUGCAUGUUCUGCAAUGCCCCUCAUUAAUGCUCCUCCGGUAUGAAAAGUUCUUAAUGCUAAUUGAUGUACGCAGAUCUUAAUGGGUGGUAAACGAAAAUUUCUUAUUUGCUUUUCGGGAAUCAUGAAACUAUUGAGUGUAGGGGAAAGUCCCAUGACGAAAUGUAACUCAUAGCCUUGCAGUGGAUCAUUUGAUGUUUUCAGGAUUUCAGUAGUGAUUACUGUUAUCUGGUCCAUCUUAAUCUGACUUUUUCAC